CAUAUUAUGGUUCGUUGCUCUUGCUUAAUUAGCGCAUAGGCACAGUCUGGCCUACUACUCGAAAACUGCGUGCAAUCACUGUUUGGCGACUCUAGUCAUUGCAACCAUGGCGUCCAACGAUCUGCUUACGAGCGCUCAGAAGUGGCUUCGGGAGGAGUACACAAAUGAGGCGAAGUUUGGGGCCAAUCUGCGCCUGCUCCGAGGCAUCGCCAUCUUUGGCGGGGCCGUCUUCGUGUUCCGCAACUUCGGGGAGGCGCUGUUCGGCGCUUAAGCAUGGCUACGGUGUCCGGAGCUGGGACGUCCAGCCUCGAUCAUGGCGGGGCGACAGGGGGGCCCGUGGGGCCAUCCACAGCCGGAGGGAGGCGUGCAGCAGUGACACCCGAGGAGGUUGAUGCCCCAAGCAAACUGGCGGCACGGAUAUUGGUACGCGUCUAUGGGAUGGUGAGAUAGGGAGUGUCAGGAGAGGGGUUGUUGGCUGCCGAAAGGCACAUCAGUCGUGCGUGUUUCUUUGUGGCGUGGCAGCGAAGGCAGGUGCUGGAUCAUAGAGCAGCAAUGUCAGCAGGACUUAGGAUUGCAGUUGAUCAACCUGUGUCAUGCACGUGUUGCAUUUGGAGAGGGGACGGCUGUGCAGUACGGUACGCACAGGGCUAUGCAGUACAGUAUGCGAGAACACAGGCAGGGCAGGGCAUUUGGGACCUGGCGGUGCAGUACCUUCUGUUCCGGCAGGUUGCGUUUGUGGAGCGACGUACGCCGUGAAGAACAUGCGGAGUGUGGCAAGGGAUUGUUUGGUUGUGUGAUGGGUGGUGUGAUGGAGUCUUGAGCUGUAUGCGGAGGCCAGCGGUGGUUGGACGCUGGAACGGCGUCUCGCUGCAGUGCAAGUAUGCAUCCGGUCAAACGAGCCUGCAAGGAACUGUCUGCAACGUCAACCGCUACGCCUAAAUGCAGGCUUUGUGUGUAACAAACACGUCGC